CCCUUUUCAACAAUUUUUGAUGGUUUUGUAUCUUGCUUGAAUCAUGUCUACUGAAGGGGAACCUCCUGCGGGAGAGUUGUCAGAGUUCGAGACGCAAUUUGAGCCUCGAUCUAACGAUGACGAUGCUCUAUGGGAAGUCAUAGAAAUCGUUGCCGAGCGGGGUAAGAAAUAUCGGGUUAGGUGGGCAGGCAAUGAUCCAAAGACGGGGAGGCCGUGGCCGUUAGACUGGGUACCCAAGCAUGACUGUACAGAUCACCUUGUAGAAGAGUGGAAGAGGAAAAAGGCCGUGAAGAAACGUCAAUCGAGCAAGACGGGUGGCCAGAAAACUGCUUCACGCGCCUCGACGUUUUCGAAGGUUUCUACGACUUCUACUUCCCGAAAAUCACGCUCUCUUGGGGAAGAAAGUGUCCCUAUUUUAACAGACUAUGAUGAACCUCCUCGUGCUCAAGCAUCAACAUCAAAAGCACAGGUCUCGUCUUCAAAGCGUAAACUUGCAGAUAUGGCAAAGG